CGGCCCGCCCGCCGCUCGAGUGGCCGCCGGAGGAGGCGGGAGUCCGCCCCUCUCCCUCCCUUCGCUCAGUGCGGGAUGCUGCGGUGAGGAGAGCCGGCCGGCCGCUAGCAGCGACCCGCACGGGGACCAGGCGCCGCGCGUCCCGCUCCCUCCCCGCCCCAUGCGGCCGCGCCGAAGGCAGAACGCCCCGGCGCGGCGGUGAGGGAAGGACGAGGGUCCCGGCCUUCCCGGCUGCUUCCCCGCCCCGCUGCGCUCUCCGGACUCCUCGGCGGUGCGGCUCCGUCGGGGGUGGCCCUGUAAAUGUGUAGCAUUUGGCGGUGGUGCGUGGCGCUGGGGGUCCUCGCGCUGGGCGCUGCCGCGGGCGGCGGGGGCCGGCUGAGCGCCGAGCGCAGCGCCGUAUGGGGGCCCGGGCUGCGCGCCGAGGCCGUGCUCCCCGCGCGCUACUUCUACCUGCAGGCCGUGGACACCGAGGGGCAGAGGUUCACUUCAUCACCAGGUGAAAAUGCAUUCCAGGUGAAGAUCACUGCUCCUGAUGAACAGUUCACUCGGGUUGGUGUGCAAGUAUUGGACAGGAAAGAUGGUUCCUUCAUUGUGAGAUAUAGGAUGUAUGCUAGCUACAAAAGCCUGAAGAUAGAAGUCAAAACCAAAGAUAAACAUGUUGCAGAGUCUCCAUAUAUUUUAAAAGGACCGGUUUACCAUGAAAACUGUGACUGCCCUCAGGAGGAGAGCAGUGCAUGGCUGGAAGAGAUGAACUGUCCUCAGGUCUUUCCACAGAUUCAGAGAGACCUAGCAAAUUUUCCUGUUGUUGAUCCAGAUAAAAUUGCAAUAGAAAUCCCACAGAGGUUUGGACAAAGACAGAGCUUGUGUCAUUACACCAUCAAAGACAAUGAGGUUUAUAUAAAGACUUAUGGGGAACAUGUUGGCUUCAGAAUUUUCAUGGAUGCUAUACUUCUUUCUCUGACAAGAAAAGUGAAAAUGCCAGAUGUAGAAUUUUUUGUUAACUUGGGGGAUUGGCCUCUGGAGAAAAAGAAACCUCCACAGAAUCUGCACCCUAUCUUCUCGUGGUGUGGGUCCAGUGAGUCAAAAGACAUUGUCAUGCCAACAUAUGACUUAACAGAUUCGGUUUUGGAGACCAUGGGACGAGUCAGUCUGGAUAUGAUGUCAGUUCAAGCAAAUACUGGCCCAUCGUGGGAAGACAAGAACACCACAGCGUUCUGGAGAGGACGUGACAGCCGCAAAGAGAGGCUUGAACUUGUAAAGCUCAGUAGAAAAUAUCCAGAGAUUAUAGAUGCUGCUUUCACAAACUUCUUUUUUUUUAAACACGAUGAAAACCUUUAUGGCCCCAUUGUCAAGCACAUUUCAUUUUUUGAUUUUUUUAAGUAUAAAUACCAAAUUAAUAUUGAUGGCACAGUGGCAGCAUAUAGAUUGCCUUAUCUACUAGCAGGAAACAGCGUAGUGCUAAAGCAAGACUCCAUCUACUAUGAGCAUUUUUAUAAUGAGCUGCAGCCAUGGAAACACUACAUUCCGUUUAAAAGUGACCUGAGCGAUCUACUAGAAAAACUGCAGUGGGCGAAAGAGCAUGAUGAAGAGGCAAAAAAGAUUGCAAAAUCUGGGCAAGAGUUUGCAAGAAACAAUCUCAUGGGAGAUCACAUCUUUUGCUACUAUUUCAAACUUUUCCAGGAAUACUCCCGUUUGCAAGUGAGUGAGCCAAAAAUCAGAGAUGGCAUGGAGAAAGUGCAGCAGCCUGAUGAUGACCUUUUUCCAUGUACUUGCCACAGAAAAAAGACCAAAGAUGAACUCUGACAGAAUUUUUUUUUGUUGAAUAAUUACCUACAUUCAAAAUCACUUAUUAAGGAAAGAAGGAAAAUAUUAAUUAAAACCUCAGUGGAUAUUAUGAAGUUUACUCUGUCAUCUAUAUAUGGAAGAAAACCAGCCACCACCUAUUUCCUUUUUAUCAUGCAGUAGUGAUGGAGCUUUGUUCAAAAAACACUUUAUAAUUUUUAUUUUUUUUUUAAUAAAAACCAUGUUUGUAUCAGUCA